ACCUUAUCGAUUUCACCUCUACUGUUUCCGAACUUUCAAAGCAUCUCCCUCUUAUCAUCAAUAGUUACCACAGGGAAAAUAUGGCUGACUUUUCCCUUGCAUACGCAACCGAGGAGAUCUUGAAAAGGGUUAGUUCACUUGCUGCUCAAGGGAUCAGUCUUGCAUGGGGAUUUAAGAGAGAUAUGAAAAGGCUGGAGGAGUCAUUGAUCAUGAUUCGGGCAGUGUUACAAGAUGCUGAAAAAAAGAGAGUUACAGGUGAAUCCGUGAGGCUUUGGUUGGAGGACCUACGAGACGUAGCUUACGAUGCUGAAGAUGUGCUGGAUGGGUUUAAUUAUGAGAUUCUUCGCCGGAAGUUAAAGAUUCAAAACAGUCUGAAAGGGAAGGUACGCCGCUUCUUCUCUCCCUCCAACCCAGUAGCAUUUCGUCUGAGUACGGCCCUAAAAGUUCAAAAGAUCAAGGAGUCCUUAGAUGAGCUUGGAAAUAAAGCAAAUAGGUGUGGGCUUGGAGUUCUAUCUGUAGAUACAGCUUCUCAACCUAGCCCGAACCCAAAGACAGAUUCUUUCCUUGGCAGCUCAGAAUUUGUCAUAGGAAGGGAUGAUGAUGUCUCUAAAAUCAUCAACUUGUUGGUUAGCUCUUGCAGCAAACAAGUUCUUUCUGUUAUUCCUAUAGUGGGAACGGCUGGGCUCGGAAAGACCACCGUAGCCAAAAAGGUGCACCAAGAAGUUAAAGGUAGAAAACUUUUUGAUGUAACAUUUUGGAUUUGUGUUUCUGAUAGUUUUGACGAUGAAAGGAUUUUAGGGGGAAUGCUGCAAACUCUUAAUGAAAACACUGGUGGGAUAAGUGAAAUAAAUGCAAUAAUGACACAUCUUGAAAGAGAGUUGAAGAAUAAGAAAUUUCUUCUUGUACUUGAUGAUGUGUGGAAUGAAGGAUGUGAGAACUGGGGGAGUUUAAAGGAUCGUCUGUUGAAAAUUAGUGGGAGUAAUAGGAAUGCUGUUGUUCUUACGACUCGUCUUCCAGUGGUAGCAUCCAUAAUGGAGAGUCCUCCUGAAUAUAGCUAUAAACUGGAACGACUGUCAGAUGAUCAAUGUUGGUCAAUUAUUAGGGAAAUAGUGUCUAGAAAUGGAGGAGAGUCAAUUCCUUCAGAAUUGGAGGCUAUCAGAAUAGAUAUUGAAAAAAAGUGUGGGGGAGUGCCAUUAACUGCUACUAUUUUAGGGGGGGUGUUGCUUUCUGAAAAGGAAAAGGAAAAAUGGAGGUCAACAAUAGACAGCGAUGCUUUUGAGAUGUUAAGUCAUAAUGAUCGAGUUUUACCUAUAUUGAAAUUAAGUUUUGAUCAUUUGCCUUCUACAUCUCUGCAACGCUGUUUUGCUUAUUGUUCUAUUUUUCCUAAAGAUUUUGAGUUUGAAAAGGAGAAACUGAUUCAGCUUUGGAUGGCUGAAGGGUUGCUUGGGCCAUCUGAUAGAGAGAUGGAAGAUAGAGGUGAUAGGAAUUUUAAUGACUUGCUUGCACGGUCAUUUUUCCAAGAUUUCCAAAAGGAUGAUCUUGGAAACGUAAUCUGUUACAAGAUGCAUGAUCUUGCUUUGUCGGUGACAAAAUCAGAGACAGUGAUUUGGAAGGCUGGUUCAGUUAUAGGCAGUAAAGUUUGUAUCCGACAUCUAAAUCUCAUUUCCUGUGAGAGAAAUGAAGAAGUAUUUCUAAAGGAUGGUGCUAGAAAAUGGCGUACAUUAUUCUCAGGAUUCCUUAACAAGUCUUGGGAAUUCAGAAGUUUGCGAAGUCUGACCUUGAAUGAUGCUCGUAUGACAGCGUUGCCAGAUUCAAUUUGCAGGAUGAAACUUUUGAGGUAUCUAGACGUUUCACGAACAGAUAUCAAAGUGCUCCCGAAAUCUAUCACGAAGCUCUAUCAUUUGCAAACCUUAAGAUUCAGCGAGUGCUGGUCACUCAAAAAGCUUCCCAACAAAAUGGAAUAUUUGGUGAGCUUGAGACAUAUUGACUUUAGUCAUACGCCAGCUCAUGUUGGAUGCUUAACUGGUCUUCGAACACUGCCAUUGUUUGAAGUGGGUCAGGAUAAGGGCCACAAAAUUGAAGAGCUGGGAUGCUUGAAGGAACUAGGAGGGGAGUUGAGAAUAGUCAAUCUGGAGCAUGUAAGAGACAAAGAAGAAGCCAAGGGAGCAAACCUGUCUGGAAAAUCAAAGAUUAACUCAUUGGUAUUGGUAUGGAAUCCAAGCAGCGGCUCCAGGAUCAAUGAGAAGGAUGUGUUGGAAGGCCUCCAGCCUCACCCAAACAUACGAAGCUUAGAGAUUGAGAAUUACAAGGGUGAUGAAUUCCCACCAUGGCUUUUAAAACUCAAUAAUUUGGUGGUGCUGAAAUUGAAAGGCCAUUUUCCUCAUCUUGAAAUUCUUGAGUUAGAAGAAUUGGAUAGUUUAAGUUAUAUCGUCAGUGGAUUUAGAACAAUGGCUGCAGCUUUGUGUCCAGCUUUAAAAAGAGUGUCUCUAAAGCGCAUGAAUAAUCUAAUGGAAUGGACAGUACCUGGAGCAGCAGCUGGUGGAAUGGAAGUAGCAUUUCCUUGCCUUGAAGAGUUGGAAUUUAAUAGGUGUCCGAAGUUGAAAAGCAUUCCAUUUAUGAGGCAUUUUUCAUCAAAACUUGUAAGAUUGACAAUCAGAGACUGUGAUGCAUUGAGUCAUAUAUCUGGUGGAGUACAAGUACUAUUUCCUCUUCUCGAAGAGUUGUACAUUGAACGUUGCAAGGAGUUGAAAAGCAUUCCAUCAACGAGCCAUCUCUCAUCAAAACUUUUAAGAUUGACAAUCAGACACUGUGAUGCAUUGAGUGAUAUGUCUGGCGAAUUUCAAGCCUCUAUGACAUCUUUUAAAUAUUUAACCAUAGAGCAUUGUUCCAAUCUGGCAUCCAUUCCAAGCCUUCAAAACUGCACAGCUCUGAAGGUAUUGUCUAUUUAUAAGUGCUCUAAGGUGGUGCCUAUUAUUCUAGAAUUGCAUUCUCUUAGAAGUGUAUCCAUCCGUUCGUGUGAAGAAGCAUGUGUUCGAAUUAGGUGGCCACUAUCCUGCGCAAAUCUGGAGGAUUUGAAAAUAGAGCACUGCAGGGAGCUUAUCUUUGAUGAUGAUUUACAUGGAGGAGAAUUGUUGCCUUCUUCUUGUCUUCAAUCACUAGUCAUUAUGCGUUGUGAAUGCUUGAAGUCUGUUCCUGAUGGUUUAGAAAGAAGACUGCAUUCGCUUGUUCGAUUAGAUAUCAGUGGGUGUCCGAAUUUAAGUCAUAUUCCGGAAGAAUUCUUUCGCGGCCUCAACCAAUUGGAGGUAUUGCACAUUGGUGGUUUCUCAGAGGAAUUGGAGGCAUUUCCUGGAAUGAAUUCAAUCCACCACCUGAGUGGUUCCCUCAAAGAGCUAAAGAUAAUUGGAUGGAAGAAACUGAAGAGUCUACCAAAUCAACUUCGACACCUCAUCUCCCUUAAGAGAUUAAAGAUCUAUGGUUUCAACGGAGAGGAAUUUGCGGAAGCUUUGCCACAUUGGUUAGCCAACCUUUCUUCUCUUCAAGAGCUUACAAUUUCGGAAUGUCAGAAUCUCAAGUAUCUUCCAAGUUCAACUGCCAUGCAACGCCUCUCCAAAUUAACACUUCUGGACAUUAGGAGUUGUCCGCUUCUUGAUCGAAAUUGCUUAAAGGGCAGCGGGUCUGAGUGGCCCAAGAUUUCUCAUAUCCCAAGUAUCAAUAUAGGACUAGAGCGCAACUCCUCCAAUAUUAAAUAAAUAGCAAGCGAGGGAGCACAAUCUUAUUAUCAAUUUCAUCAGCUGGAUUUCUCGCUGGCUUAAUCUUUAACAUAACCAGGAGACGGCGAUCCGGUACAAAAGAGACAAGCCCUCCGUGCUGCACAGCCAGCCCCUCGCUUUGACUUCUGACAGAUUUUUUUCUCAGGGUUGAUGUUUCUCCCGAUUUGGAGUCCUGGCAGGAGCAGCAGUGGAUCAAGAAAUCAAUCUGCCUUUCACAUGUUCUACUUUCCUUCACUCUUUUAUCUCAUUUUACCACCUGCAAUUCUGAAACGAAAAGGUGUUUUCUCAUUCAGAUGGUUUACUAGCCCAAACAAGUGAAAGCAUUUCGAGAACAGCAAGGACAAAUGGUGAAAUAUAGAGGACCGGAUAAAGAGGCAGGCUAGAACAUGAAAUGCUUUUGACUAUGUGAGCUUGGGAAAAGGUUAAGGGGGAAAAGUCUUCUUGAGUUUGUUAGACAAUUAUUCAACAUUACUGUUUAUCAGUGCAAUGCAUGAAAUGCUUUUGGUUACUGUUGCGAGACUUAAAGUUGGUGAUUCACUGGAAUUACUCUUAUUUAGGGAUUGGAGCGGAGAUGGGGACUCCAUUAACUCACUGAGGUAUUUGGCGUCGCAGAUAGUGUCAGGUUUCUCUAUGAGAUUAUUAACCAUCCAAUCCCUUGUGUUGAAGUUGAUGCAACAUGCAUGGUCUCCCAGCAAACAAACCAGCCCCUGGAGUUGACUGAAGGACUGCACCGCAGCAGCACAUGAUAGAAAAUUCUUGCCGGAGAGUGAUAGUUGAGUAACGAUUGAUUCAAGCCCGUCACAAGGUGCCAGAGUAGAUUUCUAAGCAAGAUCGAGUAUAGAGUGAGGAAAGUGUCAAUUGUGUAUUUAUAAAAUGCUUAACAGAAUUAUUAAUCCAUGAAAUAACUUUUACAUUGUUUGCUUCCGA